UCUCCAAAUGUGCUGCAAGAGAACUUUGAUCCGAUUCUCACAGACAACUGGUUAUUUUUCCCGGGUGGCAACAUCAAGGCUUCCUGCCGAAGUGAAGGAGCAGCACUUGUAUUUGAUAUGGACGACCAGGAAUAUAACUUGGUGACGACACGUGAUCUGGACAUGGGCACAACCAUCCCAUCGGAUGAAUACAUUCUACUGGAAACCAUGGAGACCUUACCAGAUGGUUGGCUGGUGACAGGAGGCAGCAUUGGCGAAGAGUGUGGCAGGCUGAUGAAGCAGAAAAGCCUCGUCUUCGCGGGCUCAGGCCAGAGGAGAGUCUGCACAGACUAUAUGAACCUCGGAUAUGCUGGGAAUCUGAGAUUUAACUUCACACACAGCCACCCGAACUGCACCCUUGGGAGUACGUUUGGAUCGGACGUUUUCGUUUAUAUAGAAACAGACGACGGAGAGACGGUUGUUGUGGCAACACUUUAUAGCAAGGAUUAUAAGCAACCUACGUUGGUGUCCACAGAAAUCCCAUUAGCUGGUCAAAGGUCAAAUGUCAAGGUCUGUUGGGGUCAGCAUCAUCAUGGCGGCGCUGGUAUGGACGUGUGGGAGAUAGAUCAUGUGACCCUACUGCCACAUCUCCCCAAAACCAUGACGCACUUCGUCCAGUUCAAUCUCAAUCCCAACUGUGAAGACGAGGUUGCUGGAGUGAGUGUUUUAAUGGAGUAUUCCACCAAUCACGGCCGGACUUGGCAUUUACUUCAUUCUGAGUGCCUACCCGGAAGUUGCCGUGGUUCGCCCCAGUUUCUGUCAUCCGAGUACCGACCAAGCGGGAUUAAAAGUUGGAGCCGGGUGUUACACCCGUUGCCUUACACCGCCCUGAAGGAAAACACCCGGUUCCGUUGGAUCCAGGCAGCAGGAGCAAACACCUUAAGUUGGGCCAUCGAUGACGUUUACAUUGGAGUCUGUCCCGGCGGUUGUUUUGGUCGUGGAACUUGUAAUGAGAAUACGUGCAAGUGUGACGUUGGCUACAGCGGGCCUAGUUGUGAGUUAAGUGUCCGACCCGAGCCCACAAUGCUCAUCGACCCGCUACAUGACCUGCCUACCCUCUCUGACGGGAAGUACUCCAGUGUUCAGGGCGGUAUCUUGGGCUAUGACUGCGGGGUGGUCAGCAGUGGGAAGGCGAUUGUGUUCAAUGGUGAGGGAGACAGGCAGUUGGUCACUGUAGAUGUCAACACGGCGCAUAUAAAGUAUGUUCAGUUUACCGUGCGCGUUGGGAGCAGGUCGUCCUCCUGCCCGAGUCCAGAUCAGGCAACCGAGGCGGUCUAUCUGCUCUAUUCGUGCGAUGGUGGUGUGACGUGGCGUUCGUUGAAACACAUGGCUGUGGAAGACCAACACAAUGAACCAAAAAAAGUUAACAUUCGGCUGAAUAAAGGGCUCAGGGAUAAAGUGUGUCGAUUCCGCUGGACUCAACCUCAUCACUCUGGCCAAGGCCAGGAUGUAUGGGCUGUAGAUGAUAUCGCUCUGACUGAUAAACUCUACAACACCAUCAGUGUGGACUUCAGCGAUGUGGUCAAAGUAGGCGAGGUUGCCAGUGUCCAUCUUGGGAAGGUAUCCACAUAUUGUGGAAGGAAUCGUGUGUUGAGUUUCGUGGGCGCACCAAAGGUAGGGGAAUCUCGCUACUUCAGAACUGACCCAGUGAUUAUUGGCCCAUCAUUCAUGCUGCAGUUGGACCUUGUCAUGGCCUGCAGUGACCUCUAUACAAAUGGUAAGAGUUACAACGUCAACUUGGAGUACUCUACAGACCAUGGAAUGAAUUGGCGGCUUGUGACUGAACCCUGUCUACCGCCCAAAGUCUGCCCGGGGGAUUAUGGAAUGGGGACUGUAUAUGAAGCGGUGGAAUAUAAACAGUGGAGGCGGAUCACAGUGCCACUUCCAUCAAACACGUGGUCCGGCUCAACUAGAUUUCGAGUGGUGCAAGAGAGCUGGUCUCCUACCGAAUCCUGGGCCAUUGAUAAUGUUUAUAUCGGUCAGCAAUGUGAAAUGAUGUGUGGUGGUCACGGUGCUUGCAGAGAGGGUGUGUGUAGCUGUGAUGUGGGUUAUGCAGGAGACACUUGCCAACCAAGCGCCCAAGCCAAACCAAAACUUCAUACAGACUUCUCCGCCUUCCCGGCCUUGCGGUCCGACUGGGCUAUGUUGUACGGCGGGGAGGUGGUCAGCAGUGGCCAGGGUUGUGGUCAUGUCUUAUCCGGGGAAUCGCUGUACUUCUUCAAGCAAGGUCCUCGGAUGUUGGUGAGCCAUCCGCUGGACACGCGACAGCUUGACUACCUCAGGUUUUACUUCAAGUCAGGGGGUGUGAGCCUCCAGUGCCAUGGGAUGGAAAGCAGGGACAGACAUGUGCUUCUCCAGUACUCGACGGAUGGUGGAAUCUCAUGGUCCUUACUGGAGGAGCUAGUCGGAGGAAGUGGCGUGACAAGGCUUAUCCACGCGGAGCUUCCCAAACAUGCCAAGACCGGUAACACCAUCUUCCGGUGGUGGCAGCCCUCGCAUGGGCCUGCAGACCAGUGGACGCUUGAUGAGAUAGAUAUCAAUCAAUACCACCGUCUACAAGCAGCGGAGGAUGACUUUGAGAGGAAUGAUAUCUAUGACAACAAGCUGUGGAUGACUGUGACGGAGGGGAUGUUGUCUCCAUACUGCCAGUCACCCGGAAAGGCGCUCGUGCUUAGCAACCAGCAAACAACCAAGAUGGCGCUAACACGUGACCUACUUCUAAAAGAUGGCGACGUCAUACAGUUCAAGAUAAACGUAGGUUGCUCUAAAUCGUUUUCCUUCGAGCACCCUGUCUGGUUUGAGUAUUCUCCAGACAACGGUAAGACCUGGCAGCUGGUAACCGAGUCGUGUUACCCUGACGACCAUUGCCAUGGCAACCACCGAGAGGGGAGUGUUUACUUCAGAGGGACGUACGGAGUGUGGAGCAUGGUAGUUCUUCCUGUGUCGCCCAAAAUGACCACAGGACGCGUGAACCUGCGAUGGCGGCAGGACGGUGAGCAGAUGAUGAGCUUUGCCCUGGAUGAUGUCUACAUAGGUCAUCCCUGCCCGGAGAUGUGUAACAACCAUGGAGUCUGCGUGGGUCGAAUAUGUCAAUGUGAGGUUGGAUACCAAGGCCCUAACUGCACAUCCAAUGAUCAAUACUCACAGAUCAUGGUAGACCGUUUCGACACCUUCUAUCGGCCCGCCUCCGACUGGCAGGUCAUCUACGGUGGCCGGUUAGGAAUGGGUUGUGGUAUUCUUGACUUUGGUCCAUCGCUGUAUUUCAGUGGUGAAGGCUCUCGACAGGCGGUCACUAAACCACUUGAUGCUACACAAACCAAAGUUCUUCAGUUCACUGCAAGAAUCGGAAGUAGGAGCGAGAAACCCGGAUGUAGCAAACCACGUGACCGUAAUGAAGCCAUUGUUGUUGAUUACUCUACAGACCACGGGAUCUUGUGGGAAACUCUAGAUUUACUCGACCCGUUCGCUCUAAGUUCAAGACCUCAGUCAUUCGAUAUUGCUCUCCCGCCCGAAGCAAAGACUGUGAAAACAAUGUUUAGAUGGUGGCAACCGUUAGUUGGGAAAGGUGCUCAUCGUGCCCAGUGGGCAAUCGACAACGUGGUGGUCGGUGUAAAAGAGAACAACAAGGACUCGUUCGAAGAGAACUUCUCCCCAAUCCAGGCGGACGGAUGGUACAGGACGCAGAAUGCCAUUCCCAUGAGGAGCUGCAAUGCCAACGAUAAUGUGCUUUGGUUCAGUAAGAAUGGAUUUGGCGACAGAUACGCAGAGACCUGGGACUACCAAGUCACCGAAUCCAGUCUCUUACAGUUUGACAUCUCCAUGGCCUGCGGGGGACAGUACACCUCGCCUUACGACGUAGGUAUCGAGUACUCAACAGACAUGGGAAGGAACUGGCGCCCCCUGGUGGAAGAGUGUCUACCACCGAGGAAGGACUGUACGGACUACAAGGCUGGGAGCUUCCUGAAGGCCCAGGAACACAGGAAUUGGACGAGAGUUACUUCACUCAUACCACGCGAUGCAGUAUCCCAAGCCACCAGAUUCCGAUGGCGUCAGUAUGGCAAGAGCACACGUGGAAACCUCUGGGCAAUAGACAACAUCUACCUCGGGAACGGCUGUGAGUGGAUGUGCUCUGGACAUGGCUACUGCGCCAAGAAGAAAUGCGUUUGUGAUCCAGGGUAUUCUGGUGAUUUUUGCGUCGCCGCUAAAGCUCUGUCAACCAGCAUCAUCGAGCCAUUUGAUGCGCCACAAAGCAGAGACACCUGGCGGGAGAGUUAUGGAGGCGAGAUCUCAAACAUGUGCGGGACUGUUGUCAGUGACAUGGCUAUGACAUUCCACAAGAGUGGACUCCGUAUGCUCAUCAGCAAAGACAUUGACACCAGUAAAGCCUUACAUGCUCAGUUCAACUUUCGAUUUGGCUGCAACGAGGAAGGGACGUCAUUGCCGGAAGAGAACAUGGUGCUACUGCAGUAUUCUAACAAUGGUGGCAUCUCUUGGGGGACGCUGUCUGACAUCUAUUAUAAUGACCAGGCCAGAGCCAACAAGGGGUUCUACAGCAUUCCACUGCCACCAACUGCGAAACAUAACUCGACCAGGUUCAAGUUUUGGCAGCCCAAGACGGAAGGGCAACUCGUCACUGCGUGGUCUCUAGACAACCUCUUUAUAGGAGGCUCAGAGACGAUGAACCCUAGUGUAGUUUAUGAUACAUUUGAUGGCGAGCCAAACUCUGACCACUGGCUGUUCUGGCCAGGAGGGUCGAUAGGGAGCUUCUGUGACGAAAAAAUGAGACCUGGUUCAGUAAUGACUGGCUCCUCGUCCAUGGUGUUCUACCAGUCUGAGAUUGGUGAGCAUUCCAUCAUGACUCAAGACAUCGACCUCAUGGACAAGACAGUCAUACAGUUUGAGCUAAACAUUGGUUGCAACACCAAACCAACCUCGCUCUACCCGGUUAGCCUGGAGUACUCAACAGAUCAUGGUGUCACGUGGAACCUCAUCAUAGCCCCCUGUACGCAUGCGCCAGGAUCAUGUGACGACAACAUGUAUGAUCCGACUAUUUACUACAGUGGAACAACGGCUUAUUGGAAGCGAGUAACAGUUCCGUUGACUGGUAUCAAACAUUGUGGGACAGCUCGUUUCCGCUGGUACCAAGGCGACUUCACAUCUCCGCGAAACCCUGCUCCGUCCUGGUCCAUAGAUAAUGUCUACAUCGGGAUGAAGUGCGACCAUCACUGCUCCGGUCAUGGGUCGUGUAUAAACGGGCUGUUCUGCCAGUGCGAUGAGUUCUUUCAGGAGGGACCUACUUGUAGACCUAGUCUACUCUUGCCUCGUUACCUUAAAGAUGACUUUGAAGGAAUAGGCGUAGACACCGCUAAGUGGUUGGUCCACACUGGGGAGGUGUCGGGCUACUGUGGUGAUCUCUUCACAGGCUCCAGCGUAUACUUCCAUGGAAAUGGUGACCGAGUUCUCACCACUAGGGAUCUGGAUCUUACAUCAGCGAGGUUCAUCCAGUUCUACCUGAGACUUGGUUGCAGACCGUCCUUGCUGUCUCUCCACGAACCCCCUGUCCUACUGCAGUUAUCAACCAAUGGUGGCAUCACUUGGCAAACUUUAGAGACAUUCACCUUCAAAGUGACCGAUGUCCAGUACGUAUCCAUUGAAUUUCCCGAUGGCGGCAGGGGUAACGCAACUCGAGUGAGAUGGUAUCAGCCCUCUGCUGCUGGCGUGUUUACAAGAGAUUGGGCCAUUGACCAGGUGUACAUUGGCGGUGAUACGAGGGGAAUCGACGUCCUCAACGACGAGGAUUCACCAGAGUCUGACUUCUACUGGCUGAUGGUACCGGGGAGCAAGAAGGAAGUGGUAUGCGGGUCCGCCCAAAAAGCCAUGCAUUUCUUUGAAGCAGGCCGCAUGAGGUAUGCAGUGACCACUGACCUGUUGGUGACGGAGAGUACAUACGUAUAUGCAGAGAUCAGCCUCGGGUGUGAAGAGGGAGGGGACACGUGUUUUGCUGUGCAUCUCGACUUCUCCAUGGACAUGGGGAAGACCUGGCGGCCCGUUCUUACUGACUGUUUCCCCUCCAAGACCAAUUGCACAACCUUCUAUCAUGGCAGUGUGUUCAACUCAGAUGUCUACACUGGAUGGAACAGGGUAGUGAUACCUCUCCCUCAAACCACCGGGUCAAAAGCAACACGCUUCCGCUGGAUGCAGCCUGGUGGUUUUAAAACUGCUGAUACGUGGGCCAUAAGGAAUGUGUACAUCGGUAACGAAUGUCCGUAUGCCUGCCUUGGUAGGGGAAGGUGCCGUGCUGGUCACUGCAGAUGUUAUGGCAGCUGGCAUGGCAUCUCCUGUCAACUCAGAAAGACCCCGUUGCCAACCUUUCUCAGAGAACACUUCAAUGAUAACCAGCUUGGAACUGAUUGGAUGAAGGCAGUUGGUGGUCAACCAUCUCACAAAUGUGGCCAUCUGGCAUCAGGAACAGCUAUGCAUUUCACUGGGGGUUGUUCGCGCCAACUGGUCACGAGAGACCUCAAUCUGACCUCGGCCACAUUCCUUGAGUUCCACUUCAGACUUGGCUGUCUGUCUCUUCCCACUGAGCGAGACCAUGGGGUCCUGGUCGACUACAGCACUGAUGGUGGCACACACUGGCAUCUCCUCACUGAACUCUACCACACUCAGUACAGGAACCCAAGCUUUGUCUCGCUGAAGCUGCCAGGUAAUGCCAGGAUGCUGGGCACUGUGGUGCGGUGGUGGCAGCCGAGGAAUACCGGGCCAUCUGGAGCAGACUGGGCGAUUGACAACAUAUUUAUAGGAGGCCAUCAGCAACUAAAGACGAGCUUGACCUCUGACUUCUCCACUGGUGAUGCUGAUUGGCUGCAGAUGGACAAUGCAAAUUUAGGGCCAUUUUGUGGAUCUGAUGAAGCCCUAACAGCCACGCCGGCAAAAAGAGAAAACGCUUCACUGGUUACAAACGAUGUUAAAAUAGAAGACGGUUAUAUGCUGCAGUUUAAUCUAAGUGUUGGUUGUAAUGCUCCUUGGAAUAGAAGUAUAUCACCAAUUGUUUUGGAGUAUUCGACAGAUUUUGGUUUGACGUGGAGUUACCUUGUUCGCGGAUGUUCUGGCUCUAGCGGAGUCUGUGCUGGACAGGAGGCGCCACCUAGUGUGUUCUUCAACCACAAAGGAUGGAAGUUAUAUACGUUUGCUCUUGAGGGUCGUGUAAGAUCUAGUAACACCCGAUUCCGUUGGAAGCAAGUGGAUCUUCUCCAUGGAUCCUCAGAGCAGCAGCAGUCAUGGGCCAUUGAUGAUGUGUAUGUCGGCCGAGCUUGCUCCUCCUACUGCAGUGGGCAAGGCCGAUGUGACUUUCCAUCGUGUGUGUGCGAAGACGGGUUUGUGGGUGAAGACUGCAGGUUAUCUUCAGGUCGAAAGGAGACUAUUUUGGAAGAUUUCCAUUCCGGGCUAUUAGACAGAGACUCGUGGCUGUUAGUUCAAGGGGGCGAUGUGGGAGUGCCUUGUGGGCCUGGCUUGACUUCUCCCUCACUCGUGUUCAGCGGCGCUGGGAUAAGACUGGUGCAGUCACGGACCUUGGAUCUUAGAAAUGGUCGGUACGUCCAAUAUAUCGCUCAGAUUGGUGGUAACAGCCAGGCAGCCGGAUGCAGCCCACCUACCUCAUCCGAAGACAGUGUUGUCUUCCAGUAUUCAACGAAUGGAGGCAUCUCAUGGAGGACAAUUCACAUCUUGGAGCCAAGCGGCUAUGGUGUCUCCAGGAGAGACUACAUCGUGCUGCCACCAAGUGCUAGGACCCACUCAACCUCAUUCCGGUGGUGGCAGGCUGUCCAAUCUGACAGUCAACUUCCGGUCACGUGGGCUAUCGAUGACGUCAUCAUAGGAGGCCAGGAAAUCAACCCCAGUACCCUGUAUAACGAUUUCUCCGAAGAGUCUCAUUUAGAUUUGGAGUUCUUCCCGAAUGGCCGUGUAGAGGGAGCUGUGUGUAACCGUCCAGGAAUGGCGAUGGUAUGGGAGAAAACGACUGGCGCGAAGAUGGUCACUACACGACCUCUUAUUGUGCAACAUGGCCAUAUCAUACAAUUUAAGCUUAGCAUUGGAUGUACGGAGCUUCAUUCUUCUGCUGCGUGCUACCGAGGGGGCGAUGUGAGGCUGGAGUACUCGAGGCAUCCAUCGGAUGACACCUGGCGACUCGUCAAACCGGUCUGUCUUCCUGGUACGUCAUCCGAUUUCAGCUGCCAGCCGUACAUGUACCACAGUGGUACGGUCUUCACGGCGGAUCGGUAUCGAACGUGGAGAAGAGUCACGGUAGUAGUGCCUCCUCAGGUAUUUUCAAGUUCGGCUCGUAUCCGCUGGCGACAAGCUCGCGAUGAUAUCGAGACUGUGUCGUGGUCGAUAGAUGAGAUUUAUGUGGGGGAGGGCUGCCCCCAGCAGUGUAACGGUCGUGGCCAGUGUGUGGAAGGAGCAUGCAGGUGUGAUCGCGGAUACGUAGGCGACACAUGUGUGCCAAUGUUGAUGUCCCUAAUAGCGAACAUGCUGGAGGGUUUCGAGGCUGGAGUGACGUCAGCGUAUUGGGAGUCGGUGAUUGGUGGAGGUGUUGGGAUUGGCUGUGGCAUCCUGUUGCCACACUCUCACGGAAAGACGCUAUAUUUCAAUGGAUGUGGUUCAAGGCAGGCCGUGACCAGAGAGCUCGAUACUUCACAAUCAACAAAAAUCAUGUUUGUCUUACGCGUCGGAAGUGUGGAACAGAGCGACACCUGUCAUCUGAACUUGAACACAAACACGACCAACAAGGCGGUACUACUGCAGUAUACCACUGACAAGGGCAUCUCGUGGCAUCUACUCGCCUCCCAUGACCCGAUGCAGUAUAUCCGGCCGCAGAAGGUCUCCUAUGACCUCCCGCAUGAAGCUAUGGCUCGGGGUGUUCAGUUCCGGUGGUGGCAGCCGGUCCAUGAUGGGUUUGGCCAUGAUCAGUGGGCGAUAGAUUAUGUGGAAGUUGUGAGGAUGAACCAAGCGGCGAUGGUUCACCAUAGGGGUGUCCCGAGGAGGCGGCAAGACACAAUGAACCCCUUUCUACCCUACAGAUGAUACUUCAGGCCAUAAGACAGCAUGCCUUUUGCCAAUGAUGUGGUCUUUAGAUGUGCAGCACACUGUCUUGUUGGUAUAAAAUAUGGAUGCACUUUAUAAGAACUUUCGGGAUAACUUGUUUUGCUAAGAUUUUGCAUAAUAUGACCCUGUUAGUUCCUGAUGCUUUACGAGGGGUCUGAGUCAAUUACAGCUGGUGGUGUCCGGCGUUCCGCAGGCUUUGUGGUUAGUUACACUCGCCAAGUCUAUAACAUACGUCAAUGUUAACCGGAUGCCUGUUCUCUCGCGUUCGUAAGAAUUUCUUGCUUUCGUGGAAACCAAGUUACUCAACGACGGGAAUUUAACAGUAAUUUGCGAUGCAGUAAGCUUAUAAUUGAUGUAGUGCACUCUAAAAUUGACAAAGUAACUAUUGAAUAAAACGUAUA